AUGAGGGAGCAGGAGUUAUUCAGAGUAUGUCUGCAGCCGGGUAAUUACGGCAACUUGCUGGAGACAAUUGAUUAUGCAGGCGUUCGGGGCCCCGUUUCGUACACCGACGGGUCUGGUUACGACUCAGGUGUUCCCGAGGUGCGGAGAUGUGGACAAGCUGUUGUGCAGCUUGAUCCUUACUCUUGGCUCCCAGUUAGGGUGCAGGCAAUCGGCCGUGCUGAGUGGUACGCGAUCAGGGAGGGGUUCGACGCUUUCCCUGACCACCAGAGCUUCGUCACUGACCUGCUGGCGCUCGCCCAGGAAGGAGAGCGUUGGUGUCCCGAGCUCGAGCAGGGUCGUGCCAAGCAUGCUCGAGCGUGGCGGGACAUCUUCGUGGCCAGCCGCAGGCGCACUCUGCCGGACCCUCCCAAGUCCCGAUGGACGCCAGCGCACAGGUUCUUGGAGGAGCUUAUGGGCACAGAGCCGCAGGAGCUGCGUGACUGGUUAGGCAUCGGCUGGGCAGACUACUUCGCGCGCUGUGGUGCGGCCUCUCACGCGCUGGCUGGGUCGGUAGUUGAGGCGGUAACAGCUGCGCUGAAACAGCACCGCAAGGUCCUGGAGUUCAUUUCGUGGGCGGCACUGCAGGUGGUGGCUCGCAAACAAUGGGGAUGCGACGUUGAGGUCCCCAGGCCACCUUGCGAGCAGGCCAGGCCCAUUGUGGUGGCACGCAGUACGGACCACGUCCUUGCUUACUGCGCCAGCCUCGGGCGGUACCAGUGCACCCAAUGCGGAGUCACGGCCACGACGGGCUCCUCCCUCGAGUCGCUGCAAACUGGCUCUCAUCGUGUAUGUCGCCCUUCGCGUGUUGCCAGAGCUCCCAACGCCGAGUACUUCCGCGCCUUCGGCGAGGUCUGGGUUCUCUGCGGCGACCAGAGGGCUGGCAUGGCCUUGGGCGCGGCCUUGGCCUUCGAAGGGAGCUCGCAGCCCUCGGCCCCCGCAGCCUUGUUGCCACCUGCUCUGGCCGAGGAGGUCGGGGACGCCUUCGCUGCGCUUGGGCACGACGUGUUCAAGGGCAACAGUGUUUACUGUCGCAGGCGCUGCGGGUCUCACUGCGCUGCGGGAGACGUCCGCACAGUGCGGAAGCUUGGCUGGAGGUGCGAUGGGCUCUCGCCCGACGAGGCCACGCGCCUCAACCAGCAAGAUGCGAUCAGGCGCCCACGCGGCGCGUUGAUCGACCAUGUCGUGAUUCGCUGCCGUUCCGUGGUCGGCUGGUGGCACGGCGUCUUCUUCGGUGGCGACGCCUCCUUCGUCGGCGGCAAGUUGGCCUGCGUCCACGGCCUCGAGGGCGACAUCUUCCAGUUGAUCUCCUUCUACAUUGCCUCCUGCUCUUACGGCACCGCGCCGCGAGUAGGCGGCGCCAGGGGGCAGUCCGUCUACGUCGACUCUUUCGUGGGCUUUGCUUUCAUCUUCGACAGCCCUCGCGGGCACGACCGGUCGCCAAGGCCGUCGGCGACCUCCGGCGGCGCACGCCCGGCGACAAGCGCAGAGGCCAACGCGGCGAAGGUAACAGCGCUCGGGAUGGAGGAGUCGGAGUGGCGGCUCAACACUAAGACCUGGUGGAGGGUCCCGCUUCAGGUCGACAGGAUGCGGGCCUGCCUGGACUUGUCGGCCGCGCGCGUCCAUCGGGCGAAGAAAGCCUUGGCGCGUGAGGAAACCAGCUUCGAGCACAUAAUUUGGGAGAUGGGUCACGCGGUCGGAGCUCUUAGUGGAGAGGAGGGCCACUCGAUCAUGCAGGAGUUCGGCCUGACGCGUGAGCUCCCCGUUUGCAUGACCGUGGCCGUGCGGCACCUCUGCGAGCGAGCGGCCCGCGCCGCGUCUUGGGCGCUGGAGCUGGAGCCCGACGUGGCCGCCAUAGUGGUGGCGGGCGGCGUGGCGGCCAACCAGAAGGUGCGCGCUGGGCUGCGCGAGGUCGCGGAGCAGGCCGGGCUGGAGAUGCAGUGCCCGCCCCCGCGGUUGUGCGUCGACAACGGGGUCAUGGUCGCCUGGGCUGGUGUCGAGAGGCUGAGACUCGGGCUCUACGAGGAGCCUCCCUCCGUGGACGGGGUGGACAACGCCGUCGAGAUCCGGCCGCGGUGGCCCCUGGGAGACCGGGACCCCCGCAGCCAGCCGAAGAAGCAGCCUUCGCAGAAGGCCUUGAAGGGCGGCAAGAAGCGGCCCGCGUCCGAGGGCGGGGAGCCGCCGCCGAAGAAGGCCGGCGCCGCAGGCAACGCUGCCGUGGCGGAAGGCGCCUGA